AUGAAAGCGAUUGUUAUCACGGUGGUGUGCUUUUGGUACACGGAUGGUGCAGGAGAUGUAUACGUGUUUGGUAGGCUUGUGUGGCAAGAGGGGGUGGGAGAGGAGUGCUGGGGGGAGUGGAGGUGGAGUAUAGGGGAGUUUGGGGAUAUGGAAGAUACGGAAUAUAUGGAGGACACGGCCCUCACGGCUAUAGAUUCGUUUCUGGGUGGUGGAGGCACGGCGGUGACCAUGUCAAGUGCGGAAACAAUUAACAUAACUCACAAUCUCAACGCGUCACCACCCACACAACAUAUAUUUCUCCCACCUUUGGAUAGUAUAACCGUAAUGGGGCAAUGGCAUAGCUGUUCCAUUGCAAGUCGUAGUGCAGUUGAAGUCAGGAAACCGCUUAUUCAGAACCCAACAGGAGCCGAAGGGAAGGAAAAGACAGCUCGGUUGUUGGCCCAUUUGGAGGGUUUGGAUGGUUUGAGCGUGAUGAGCAGACAAUUAAGGAAACGGUUUCUCGAAACGGUCUUGAAAAGUUUUUGGUUCUUGAACAAGAGCCUAGGGGGUCGCAGAUUGUUGAAAGUCGGUUGGGUUGUAGAUGAGGGUAGACUUAUUGAUGAUGAGAAGGGUCAUGUGCAAUUAAAGGGGACUCACGGCAAGACGUUUUAUCUGUGGAAUUCAAGAAUGGCCUGUUGGGAAAACAGCCGUUAA